UUUGCAAAACAUUCCAAAAGGGAAGUGUGCGGAAUUCAGAAGUCGGAACAGAAGCAAAACCCCUUUAAAGACUCAAUAUCUCCCGUCAGUUAAUCAUAACACUCAGUCACAUCAGGCCGAUAGGAGCUGCACAAAUUUCCAGAAAAUUCACAGAAGUAUUCAGGCGAAUCGAAAAUGAAAUUCCUGUUCGUAGCCGCCCUCAUUGCUCUAGCCAUCCAGUUGACUCUGGCGCAGACUUCACCUGCAACAACGGAGGCAGCAACAGCUACAACGACCGUUUCAUCAGUGACCGCUGCAACUACUAAGAAAACCACAAGGCGAUGCUGGAGGGGAAACAAUUGGUGCAACACCCGCCAGCAGGUGAAGUGCAAGAACCCCAAGAAGUGCAUCAAGACCAUUGUGGUGGUGCGUCGCAGGAGGAACUGAUUGAUCUGAA